AAUGCGCCCGACCACAGCCCGGACCAACCGGACCUUCAUCAGAGAUCAGCAGGGCGCGACGGGGACGGGGCGCCGAAUGUCUUUCUUAAGUCCGCGGCCGCGACCGCUGCCGGGGCCACGCACUCUUUCUACUACCGCUUCUCUCGUUUUCUCCAUUGAUGUUCGGUUCAGGCACCGCCCCGAUCCUUGACGUACGCAGGCAUCUUCCGCGCAGGCAUUCAUUAACCCCCAAGCGCCUCGCUCCUCAGUCAAUUUGUACUCGAAAGAUCUCAGCCCACCAGUAAAUUCUUUCCCUCUCACGACAACUGCCCUCCACCACCACCAGAUCUCCUUUUCGGGUAUUACUUUUUGUAGUCUAAUUAUAUCUGGCCGACAACCGUCUGCAAAAACAUCUCAUUUCUGAUCAAAACAACCUGCUACUCCUCCUAUUCUAGCCUUCCACAUCGUGAAUGCCUCAGCGACCUUGGACUUACACGUCGCACAGGAUACCGCACUCCCAACUCACAUACCGUCAAGAUGAGGAUAUUAUCGUACUGGAUCUUUCCCAUCAUAUCGGGCCUCGUCUGGCUCGGCAUGCUCCUAGGCAUGCUUCUCUACUGGAUCAUCGACACAAGCCGCGUCGUCUAUCCUUCCAUGUCUCCCCCGCAAUCCAUUGCCUACAUCAGCGACGUCGGCGCCUACUACCUUAAACCACUCUUCAUCACGGGCUGCGUCAUCACCACUAUCUUCCUUGACCUCUCCUUCUUCUCGGACCGCUGGCUCCGCCACCGCGGCCGCCUCGUGCCCAACACAUCGACUGGCGAAAAGAUCCUAUACGGGUUCACGAUCUUCUUCGCCAUCAUCGGCACUGUCGGGCUGAUCUGCCUGAGCAUCUUCGACACCUACCGCCACAAGAAUCUGCACCUCCUGUUCCUGCUGUUCUUCAUUGGUGGCUACCUGUUGUCCGCCAUCUUCAUCUGCUGGGAGUACCAGCGCCUCGGCAUCAAGUAUCCCGAACACCGCAGCCUCGCCGCCUCGUUCUGGAUCAAGCUCGUCUUCAUCCUCGUCGAGCUAGUUCUGGCUAUCGCCUUCAUUGUCUGCAACUUUCGCGAGAUUUACAACGCUGCCGCCAUCCUUGAGUGGGUCGUCGCCUUCAUCUUCUCCUUCUACAUCUUCUCCUUCACCGUUGAUCUGCUGCCCGCGGCCAAGACCCGGAACAAGGCGAAUCGGUUCUCGAAGCCGGGGAGCAUGCGGGAGUGGAACCACGGCGGUCAGGGGCAGUUUUAGAUGCGGUGGGCUGUUACAGAGCGCGUGGAAGCAAACGAAGUUGGCAUGAGCCAAAGACGAAGGUGGUGAAGUAAUGGGAGGCGUAGAAUAUUUGCAUGUAACUACAUCUCUUGGGAUUCGGUCACGAACCGCAUAUCGGCAUACCACGGGGACGAAAUCAUGAGAAGCGGGCGUCUUGGGCGUAUGCGUAUUCCCCAGCAACGGGGUCUUUGAGUUCUAAGUUUUUUCCUGGAAAGGAUUCGGUUAGCGAAUCAAUGACAUAUAUCAAAACCUCAACAUC